GGAAUUUUGAUACUACUAAAUAACUGUUCAUACAAACACGAGAAAAUACUUAUUUACUAUAAAUUAAGAAAGAGUUAAAAAUUCAACAAUGGAUUACGUUAAAUGAAAUGAAGAAAUUCAAACUUCGGAACCUACUUUUGAAUAUUAUCACCAUCGCCAUCCUUAUUCAGAAGUCAUCGGGUUGGAAUCGGCAAGCGUUCGAGUUUUCACGACAGUCAUACGAACAUGCGCAAGAACAAUGGCGAUUUCAGUUAGAAUGUGAACGACGAGAUCACGAAGAAUAUCAUGAAGAUGCUACUCAACUCAAUGAUAAACUAAUGAGAGACAUUGAAGAUGGAAACAGAAAGAUUCAAGAAGGUGACGAGAAUUUUCACGAAACGUUUGAAGAUAACCGAGAAAAAGGAACCCCGGAUGCUGCAUUCGCCAAGAGAUCUCGGUCUACAGAUAAAGUUGUGGUCAGCAAGAAACGAGCAAAUAGCUUUCUCAAAAAAUAGACAACAUGAUGACCAAUUAAAAAGAAGAAAACCGCAGCAUUGAUCCAAUCACAAAGCAUAAAUUUGGAAGCCAUCAAUCUCGUACCCAGAGCCUGCGUUUCUCCUAGCCUGCGGCAAAGAACGGCAACUCUGGCAUAAUCCAUUUUUUGACGCAUUCGCAGUUUUCGGGAAGUUAAAAUUUGAUCACUGAAAUCAUGCUUUCAAACAGAGUUCUGUGUUUAUUUCCGAUCCGAAAUAUGAUUUAGAAAUCGGGAACAUAUUUUUUAUUUUUGGCGAGUCUUUUAACGUAAGAGAUCUUAUACCGGAAGUCCAAGAAAUCCUGGUCUAUGGAUUAUGCCAGAGCCCUCGUUAUUCGCCGCAGGCCAGAAGAAACGCAGUCUCUGGUUACGAGAUUGGGAAGCCAUUUAAGAGGCCAGGUGAUUUGGAAUGUGAGCGCUCAAUAUUUGUUUGUCACAGUGAGAAUUUCCAAGUAUUUUCUAUGAUCUCUUGUUAAAGCAAAAUAUGCUAUUUCUAAAAUAUAUUUGACGAAAUUUUCCACGGAUGAGUUUUAUUUUCUUUAAUUUCGAAUAGUUGUUUGUCGAACCGAAAACCUGCAUUGGGCUGAGAAAAGCGAACUGUCCUGGGGCCCACUACACCAGCAUCCAAUCAGAAUGCGUGGGUUUUGAAGCCAAUUGUAAUAUACACCUCUUUUCCCACUUCAAUAAAAAAAAAAGGUUUGACAAACUAAACAGAGAAGGAGAAUGAUUCGAGUAGUAUAUGCCAAGUGUCCAUCAAUACACAAGGCACACUAUGAUCAUCUUGUGUUUACGUUCAGUGUUUACACAUAGACUCUGUGUCAAGGUUUCGCGUGACUA